AUGCCACCACUACCGGUGCCAUACAUACAGCCUCUGUCCUUGUGUUUUGGUUCCUGCGUGAUAAUCAGAGGGAGACCGAACUUCUCUUUUGUCAAUGACCCACAGCUGCAGGUGGAUUUCUGCACUGACACGGAUGGAGACUCAGGAAUAGCCUUCCAUUUCCGAGUGUACUUUGGCCGUUGUGUGGUCAUGAACAGUCGUGAGUGUGAAGUGUGGAAGUGUGAAGAGAAAUCCGACCAUGUGCCUUUUCAGGAUGGCAUGCCAUUUGAGGUGCACAUCUACGUGCGUCACGAUGAGUACCAGGUAACAAUAAAUGGCAAACGCACUUAUGGCUUUGGCCACCGACUCCCGCCGUCAUCUGUGAAGAUGAUGCGAGUGUGGAGAGAUGUCUCCUUGUCUUCAGUGAGUGUCUACUAUUGA